AGUCUCAGAAACAGAGUAAUUCCCGGUGGUAGUUAGUCCAUUGGAACACAACUUUCUGAACUUCAUAACUUCUCUUUAGCAUCAGGCUGCAAAAACUCAAUCCAGAAUGAACUUCAGUAGAAUGUUAGAUGUUUUCAGCAGGGCAUUCUCCUUGACUCGUGCUACAUGUAACAGCAUUCAAAGCUUUCAGGAAGUCAUCAUAUUUUCACCUGCAAAACGAAGCCUUUAUGGAACGACUGUAAAACCAUCUCAAGAGCCUUCAAACCAAGCAGACAGUGUUGCUUCUGGCCAGAGAGAUGUCUUUGUUGAUGGUGAUGCCAAAGAAAAGAGAACGUUGAGACGUAAAUUGGAAAAGUUGGCUCUAUCCCCCGAUGCAGAUCUGAGUCAAUCUAGUGUCGUUGCUGCUAGGAUAAGGAAACAGCUUCAGGCAAGCAUAAAGGCACAGAAACCAGUCAAAGAGAAGGAAGACAUUCUGAAGAAGAAGAGACGCGACUUGAGAUACCAGACACGUGACCUCAGUAGACUGAGUGUCAACGUGGUUGCAGAGAUUUUGAGGGAUAGAGUCAUCUUUGAAAAAGAUGAUAUCAUUGCAUUGGACAAACCUUAUGGGCUACCUGUACAUGGAGGGCCUGGGAUGAAACACAGCAUAGAUAGUCUUCUACCCAAGCUGUCUCAUUUACUCAACAAAAAAGGGACCACUGAAGAGCUACAUCUGAUACACAGGCUGGAUAAGGAGACUACUGGUGUGAUUCUGCUAGCAAGGACUGAAAAAACGGCAAGGAUACUCCACGAGAUGUUCAGAAAACGACAGAUUAUCAAACAAUAUUUGGUUAUCACAGUUGGAAUACCUAGCCCCAAGGAGGGCAUCCUUGACAUGCCGAUGACGGAGAAGGAGAUUGAUGGCAAGCACAGGAUGGUGAUCAAACCAGACAUGGCUGAUCUUUACCCCAACAGUGUUGGGGUUAGAUCGGGGAGAAGAAACAGAGAUAGUCAGGAAGCUAUAACUAGAUACAAGGUGUUGAGUGAACGAGGCAACUGUGCCCUGGUUCAGUUGGAACCUGAGACAGGUGUAAAGCAUCAGAUUAGAGUUCACCUAGCUCAAGGGUUAGGUUGCCCUAUCCUUGGUGAUCACAAGUAUUCGCAUCAUGAUAGACUAGCCCCUCAGAAACUGACCCCGGGUAUACUACAGUCAUUAGGAAUCAGCCAGCCUAAAGCUAGGACGGUACCAAUGCACCUUCAUGCCAGACAGCUUGUCAUACCAGAGAUCUUUGAUAAACAUAACUACUUCAUAUCAACUAGAGUCCCUUGGUUCUUCAGGGAAAAUAUGAAGAGAUUAAAACUAAAGUAUAAUACAUGAAAGGGGGUGGGGGGGGGGGGGGUAAUCUACUGUGCAAAUCCUUCACUCGUGUUAAAGGUCUGAAUUGCAGCCUACUCGUGCCUUGUGUACUGAAGGCCCCUGAAUUGAAACAGCAAGUUUUGUAUGUGCUAGUCUUUGCAUGGAGACACACUUGUUGAUCAAAGUUUCAAUCAGGGUCUGUGCCUGCAGACUAAAGGGGAGGGGACAGAAAAUAUUGGCAAGAUGUUGGCUAAUUAUGUUUAAAUCGACAGGCAUUAUCGUAAAAUAAGUCAUCAGUCCAUUUACUUCCGUUCAUUUUGUCAGUGCUGGUGGCAUCUUUCUAUGCCCAUUGACUUUGUUCACAGCAAGAGCACAGAAACCGACACCCAAGGCAAGAGACGCGACAAAUUUCACGAUAAGGCCCACUGACAUGAAAUCUAACUCAUUUAUGGACCUGAUAUAAUUAUUUUGUGCCAUAUCGACUCUCAGGCAGACACUGGGAUGAAUGCAUUUAAGAAUUUGGGUGUCCCACUUCAUGAAAAUGGAUCGAUACUGAUGAUGUCAUUGCCGAAUUUUAUGUGUCUAAUUUUGCCAAAACCCUGCAGCAUGAAUUCUUUUGCGCAGGCUGUAUUUCCAUGCAUUUAGCCAUGCUAGUAAACUGUGACAGCACUGGCCGUGUUGAUCCAGGGCCUCUUCAUAUUACACUGGCAUUCAUUGUCUUUCUUGCUGCCAGUUUUUUCAAGAAAUGAAGUGGGGAUAAUUUGUUGUGCCAGUAGGGUGGGUUAUUUGCACAAAUACCCAUUCAAGAAGGGCCACUAUUAUUGUGAAAUUUGUUAUUGUGGAAUUGCCCGUAUACAAUAUAUAAAGGAGGUAUUGUAAUAUAAUGGGUACCCAUAACUUAUGUAUUGUCACAAGCCUUCCUAUAUCAGCAUUCAAACAUCUUGUUAUUCGCUCUCAUUCAUUUAUCAUUUUAUGUAAAAUAAAAUAGUAAAAAACCU